AUGCUCUGUCCUAUUUUUGGCACUGCUAAAAAGGAGUGCACGCUUGAAAUGCAUCAACAACUAAACCAGCUUGGCUGCUGCUUGCCGCUUUGAUAGAGAACAAGGCGUGUAGCCCGCCUGCGCUAAUAUGCCCUCCUCUCUCCAAUCAAAUAUUUUGUAUUUGCAGGCGUGUCCAAAUUAUUGUUGAAAACCCGUCACCAUGGUUAACAUUCCCAAGACCCGCAACACCUUCUGCAAGAGCUUGAAGUGCCGCAAGCACACCCCUCACAAGGUCUCGCAGUACAAGACCGGUAAGGCUUCGGUCUUCGCUCAGGGUAAGCGUCGUUACGAUCGGAAGCAGUCCGGUUUCGGUGGACAGACCAAGCCCGUCUUCCACAAGAAGGCCAAGACCACCAAGAAGGUUGUCCUCCGUCUUGAGUGCACCAUCUGCAAGUACAAGCAGCAGCUCGCUAUCAAGCGUUGCAAGAGCUUCGAGCUCGGUGGUGACAAGAGAAAGAAGAACGCUGCCCUUGUGUUCUAAGCGCUCUGGCUCAGUAUGUAGCUUUUAUAUUCCCCUCGUGCCGAAUAAAACUAGCUUGUUCUCCAAACCUUGAAUUGCGCAU